AUGAGUGGCACAUAUGGUAAUUUUACGCCACGAGAAAAUUGGCAGCGUACAUGGGAUGAAUGGAACGUUUGGCAACCAUAUCUAAGAGACUCUCGACCAGCAUGGAGAUCUCUGUAUCGUCGAGCACCUGCACCAGAUCCACGGUGGUUGUUCGAGGACAGGCCUACAGGACGACCUUCUGGCUUAGCCAGUUCUUCAUCACCAGCGCCAACGCAUUCUCCUGAGCGAUUUCUAAUUGGAAAUGAUACAUCAAGAAAUACCUAUUCAACGUACAGACAGCCAGUACCUGAUUCUCCUCCAAGCUACUAUGAGCCACGAUACUCGCCACCCUCUGAGCUAGAGUCAAACUUUACAAAAGAAGAACAAGAAAAGGCCUUGAAUAAGCUGAGAAAAGUAAUGAUUAAUCCGCAUCUGAGUAAUAUAGUAAGGAGAAUGGGAAUGAAGUAUAAAACCGAUGGCAAAAACCAAUCCACCGGAAGUGGUAAUUUUCAGGACGAAGAUGGCAAAAGGUGCUCCAUUUGCUUGGAUGAUUUCGACUCUAAACAGUUUGUGAUGCUCACUCCGUGCAAUCAUAUGUUUCACGAGGAUUGCAUUGUGCCAUGGGUGAAGAGUCAAGGGAAGUGCCCGGUUUGUAGAUUUGUGAUUUCUGAACGAAAUGCAUCGUCAGAAAACAAUAGCAGGCGCGCUGCACUUGAACGGGAGUUGAUGUCAUUUAUAUGGGAAUUCAGAACUCUUUGA